AUGCGGACGAUACCGAACCGAUACCUGCCUCUCAUCGGCCGCUAUGGCACUGUCCUGCUCGCCGCUCUGCUCGUCUACUACAUCAUUCGCGACCCCGUGACGGCAGCCCUCAGUGGCGCCUCCCGCCGUUCCUCCUCCUCCGUUGGCGUAGGCCAGGGCAAGGGCACCAACACGGACAAAUGGGGCAAACCUAUCCUAAGCGGCGACGACGGCGUCGACCCUAAAGACCCUAUCCUCGGCCCCGCAGCCGCCGCGCAAGGCAUUCGCGACCAGAAUGCCCAGAUACCCGUGGGCGAUGACCCUGUACCGCAUGUCAAGACCUUCAAGCCCGAACCGCCGCGCUACCCGGAAAUCAAAGACCAUUUUCCGUGGCUGACGCACUCGCACAAGUCGCCGCCCGUCCCCGAGAACAACCUAUCGCCCGUACCACAUGUCGAGGAGCAGACACCGCUCUUCAUCGGCUUCACCCGCAACUGGCCGCUGCUCCUGCAGUGCGUCAGCAGCUACGUGGCAGCCGGCUGGCCGGCCUCCGAUAUUUACGUGGUAGAAAACACUGGCACCUUCCGGGCAAACCGGCAACACGAGCUUUCGCUGCAGAACCCCUUCUUCCUCAACCACACGGCGCUGCACCUGUUGGGCGUGAACGUCCUCGCGACGCCGACGCUACUGACCUUCGCGCAGCUGCAGAACUACUUCCUGCACACGGCCCUGCAGCGCAACUGGCCCACAUUCUUCUGGAGCCACCAAGACGUCCUGGUUAUCAGCGAUGAGGACGUCUGGAAGAAGGACCGCGACCAUGACUGGGACCACGACCCCUAUGCCACCAUCUACGAGCGCUGCGUCGGCCUGAUGCGCUACCUCUCGGGACCGGACAUGCCGCCGUGGGGCACGCACUUCUUCGCAUACGACCAGCUUACCCUCGUCAACCGCGACGCGUAUCUGGACGUGGGCGCCUGGGAUACCCACAUACCCUACCAGUCCGCGGACUGCGAUAUGUAUCUAAGGCUGCACUGGGCGGGGUACUGGCAGCCGCAGUCCGAGGCCGGGCUGAUCUUCGACGUCGGCACCGCCCUCGACAACAUCGGCGCGCUGUUCCGGUUCCCCAGCGCGCACGCCACCUUCGAGGGCGAUCUCGUGUUCGCCACGAAGCCGCCCGGCGACAAAGAAGACCAGGCCGCGACCCACUUGCGGCUGCAGCGCGAGGCGGAGCGCCAGCGCGAGGAGGAGAUGUACCCCUGGGUCGAGAAGGAGGGCGAGAGCUUCAACCACCUGGUCGAGGUGGCGAACCGCAUGCAGGAGAUCAAGCUGACGGACGCGGACCCCAAGAGCGCCGGCAGAAGCAUCAAAAAGCGGCAGGAGCGGCAGACUGGCGGGCUGGGCGAGCCCUUCUACCGCCACCCGGAGGGCUUCGCGGCGGGUGUCGACAUGCUGGACGACGCGGGCCGGCGCGUGUUCGCCGACAAGUGGGGGCACCGUGGCUGCGACCUGCUCGACAUGGGCAUCGAGGCCGGGGACGCGUGGAGGCUGGAGCGCGACUGGGAUAUCCGCCAGAGUACGGGGGCGGAGGGGGGGAAUUGGGGGAAGGAUUGGAUGGUUAUGGAGGAGGAUGAAUAUGGACCGUGA